UUUUUGAUAACGCGGCCAAUCUGUCAGUGUGUGAAAGAAAAAUUUCUAGGCAACUUCUUGAUUAUACGAAAUACAUGAUGGAGGACCUCGAUCAAUUUAUGUCUUUUCAGAGUUGAGAUUGCUAACUCUUCGUUUUGAGAUCGUCAUGAUAAGAGAAACGUGUUCCUCAUCAGCACAGUCGUUGCUAGUGGUGCUGUUGCUGAUAACGGUAUUCUAUAGAAGUAGCGAAGCAUCAGAUGGAGACCAGAAGUGUUCUAGUGUAUGCGGAGAUCAUAAUGUGAACGUCCCUUUCCGGUUAAUAGACUCUGCAGAGGAGUGUGGUGACUACAGGUAUGAGCUAUCUUGCGAGCACAACCAAUUAAUACUGUACUGGCAAUCUGGAAGAUACAGUGUUGUGUCCAUUAAUUAUGAGAACCACACAAUCCGAGUGAGAGAUUCAGAUAUUGUGGAGUAAGAUUACUCUUCCCUGCCUCGAGAUUCUUUAACAGACUUAAACUUCAGCUAUAGGAAUGAUCCAUAUGCCACCUCCAUUCUUACACGAUUCGGAAGAGGUCUUUUUGGAGGAAGUGAAGGGAAUCAAUUGGCAAAGAUUAUGAUAUACGUGAGGUGUAAACACGCAGUGCAUUCCCGUGUGUUUGUGGACACAGCUCCUUGCUUCAACACUUCAAAUGGGUCUGGAGCUUCUUCUUCUUCUUCUUCUUCGUCGUUGUCGUCGCAUUCGUAUGUGAAUGUUGGCAGCGAAAGUCUCAGGGAUUUGGGGCAAGACGACGAUUGUGGUGUAGAACUGAUGCAUAUGACGUCGUGGCCCCUUGCCCGGAAGAACCGGUCCUGGUCCUGCUCAGACAUCCACAAUACGCUUGUCUAUGGCUUUGAGCUUUCUUGGUUGCAUAGUUCAUGCUAUAACCAAACUGGAGAUUUUGCAUAUCUCGAUCGAACCAAGCAUCUACGCUGUCUUGUAGAUGACCUACCAUACAUCGGGCGGGACAUCACGCUGCUUGUUAUCCCAGUGUAUAUCGGAAUUCCCGCCUGCUUAAUUUUAGUUUGUCAUUGUGCUUGUAAAUGUGUUAUCGGCCCUCCAUUUAUCAUUGGCCUGUUGAUCUAUAAAUGGCGACGGAGACAUCUAUCAAGUUACACCAACAUUGAAGAUUUCUUGCAAAGCGAGAACACAAUCAUGCCUUUGAGGUACUCCUAUAAAGAAAUCAACAAGAUAACGAAAGGGUUUAAAAUAAAAAUUGGGAAAGGAGGCUUUGGCUCCGUGUUCAAAGGACAACUUCGAAGCGGACAUGAUGUAGCUGUUAAAAUGUUGGAUAAGGCCAAGGCUGAUGGACAAGAAUUCAUUAGUGAAGUUGCUACACUUGGUAGAAUUCAUCAUGUUAAUGUGAUGCAGCUCAUGGGUUAUUGUGUGGAAGGAUCAAAACAUGCUCUAGUAUAUGAGUUAAUGCAAAAUGGGUCUCUUGACAAAUACAUUUUCUCGAAGGAUGAUGAUAAUGAGCAAUCAUUGAAUGUUCAUCAAUUGUAUGCCAUUUCUCUAGGAGUAGCACGUGGCAUAGAAUAUCUACAUAAAGGAUGCAACAUGCAAAUUUUGCAUUUUGAUAUAAAGCCACACAAUAUUCUUCUUGAUGAUCAAUUCAUCCCAAAAAUUUCUGAUUUUGGCCUUGCUAGACUCUAUCCUGCAAAUUAUAGUGUUGUGUCUCUUACAGCAGCACAGGGGACUAUAGGAUACAUGGCUCCUGAACUAUUCUACAGAAAUGUGGGUGGAAUCUCUUACAAAGCUGAUGUCUAUAGUUUUGGGAUGCUCUUAAUGGAAAUUGCUGGUAGGAGGAAGAAUUUGAAUGUACUGGCUGACCGUUCGAGUCAAUUUUACUUUUCCUUUUGGGUAUAUGAUCAGAUAAAUGAAGGAAAUGAUGUCAACAUAGCAGAUGCAACAGAGGAAGAAAUGACAUUGGCAAGGAAAAUGAUGAUCGUGGGGUUGUGGUGCAUUCAAACUAAGCCUGGUGACCGUCCUUCAAUGAACAAAGUUGUGGAGAUGCUUGAGGGGGAUGAGCAAGACUUGGUAUUGCCUCAAAAGCCUUAUUUCUAUCCGCAAGAUUUACCAAUUGAUGAUAAUAAUCGUUCAAGUUCAAUGGGCUCAUCCUCCAAACCUGAAGAAUGUUCUUCAAUGGACGAAGUUGUCGAGAUGCUAGAGGUAGAAGAAGAAAUCUCAGAAUUGCCUCAAAGGUCAUAUCUGCAUGCACUAGAUUUACCAACAAAAUCAUUCAGUUUCAACGAGUAAAAUCAUGCACUAGAUUUAUGCUUUAUGAUGAGAAAACUGGUGCUUCCCACAUUUGUCUUUGCUCUUGCAUCUGAUGCACCCGUAAACAUGAAUAAGAAGUGGGGGCUUUAUAUUAGAAUAAGAAGUGGACAAUAGGAUUCCAUUUUUAUUUGCCAUGGGAUAAAUAAUGGAAAGAAGCGCUUUGUCUUUUUAGGAAAAUUAUGUUUUUGAUAUAAUUGGUACAACCUCGAUCAAGAGAUAUGUUUUGCCUGGCAAAGGACAAUGCAGGAUUCUGAAAUCGUAUACACUUUUAUCAA